UGAUUCUUGAUCAUGAAAGGAAGAAGGAGGACCAACCAACCAGUGUCACAAAAGAGAUCGGGGAUAGCAACACUAUUUUUGCUCGUGUUCAAAAUCAGAGUGUACAGUCUACAGAUGCCAAGAUAUUAAAGAUAAGAAGACAGACAAACACACAUAAACAUUUCCUCUUUCACUCUUUUUUUUUUGUCUUCCUAAGCAGCAUUGCAUGAACAUUAUUUCUGUGCUGCUUGUUGCUAUUUUCUUGGACAAGCUUAAGCACUGAUUUGAAAAAACCUUGCACCAAUGGCCGCUCUACCCUUCUCAACGACCUGCAGGCAUUCCAGCUCACCUUUACAUCACAAUUCAAAAUCAAGCUUCAUAGGUUUCAGUCAAAGAAACAAUAUUUGGCAGUUGUUUGUCAUCACAAAGUCAAUUUCCAGAAAGUCAAUAAGAAAACUCUCUGUGAAGAAUGUUGCCAGCGACGAGAAGCAGGAACUGAAAGAUCCACUUGCCAAACGAGAUACUUUCUAUGAAUUUAUUCCAGAUUCUGCAUCUAUUGCUUCAAGCAUAAAAUUCCAUGCCGAGUUCACCACCCCAUUUUCUCCGGAGAAGUUUGAGCUCAAUAAGGCUUUCUUUGCAACUGCAGAGAGUGUUCGUGAUUCCCUCAUCAUAAAUUGGAAUGCAACAAAUGACUACUAUGAAAGGAAGAAUGUCAAGCUAGCUUACUAUAUGUCUAUGGAGUAUCUACAGGGUAGGGCAUUGCUAAAUGCAAUUGGGAAUUUACAGCUCUUGGGUCCUUACGCCGAGGCUCUCACAAAGUUGGGUCACAAUUUAGAGGACGUGGCUAACAAGGAGCCAGAUGCUGCCCUUGGGAAUGGUGGAUUAGGUCGGCUUGCUUCUUGCUUUCUCGACUCCUUGGCCACUUUGAAUUACCCUGCAUGGGGAUAUGGACUUAGGUACAAGUAUGGUUUAUUCAAACAACAUAUAACAAGGGAUGGACAGGUCGAAGUUGCUGAAAACUGGCUUGAGAUGGGAAACCCCUGGGAAAUUCUGAGAAAUGAUGUCACUUAUCCUGUUAAAUUCUAUGGAGAAGUUAUACCAGGGCCAAAUGGAAGUAAACAGUGGGUUGGAGGAGAAAAUAUAUUGGCUGUUGCUUAUGAUGUUCCUAUUCCAGGAUACAAAACAAGAACAACUAUAAACUUGCGAUUGUGGUCCACAAAAGUUUCACAGGAAGAAUUUGAUUUGCAAGCUUUUAAUUCUGGAGAUCAUGCUAAAGCAUAUGCUUUUUUGAAGAAUGCAGAGAAGAUCUGCUACGUUCUGUACCCUGGUGAUGAAUCAAUAGAAGGAAAGACUCUGAGACUGAAGCAACAAUACACACUGUGCUCUGCCUCUCUCCAGGAUCUCAUAGCACGCUUUGAAAAGAGAUCAGGAAAGAGAGUAAAUUGGGACACUCUCCCAGAUAAAGUGGUGGUGCAAAUGAAUGAUACUCACCCAACUCUCUGCAUUCCUGAGCUAAUUAGGAUAUUGAUGGAUGUCAAGGGUUUAAGUUGGGAGAAAGCCUGGAAUAUUACCAAGAGAACUGUUGCUUACACAAAUCACACAAUUCUACCGGAAGCACUAGAGAAGUGGAGUUUGACACUUUUGCAGGAUUUGCUUCCUCGACAUGUGGAAAUAAUACGAAUGAUAGAUGAGGAGUUGAUACAUGAGAUCAUUUCUGAGUACGGGAUAGAUGAUCUAGACUUGUUUCAACAAAGACAUAAAAAAAUGAGAAUACUAGAAAAUAUCGAGUUGCCUAGCUCAGUGAUGGAACUACUUAGUACAGAAGAGACUUCAACUGUUGAUCCUGUGAAGGUAAUUGAUGUUGAAGGUAAUGAUGUAAUGGCAACUGAAAAAGAAGAAAAAAAAGACGAAAAUGAUGAUGAAGAAGAAGUAGGAGAAGAGGGAAAAGAAGAAGAAUAUGAUGAAAACCUAUCAAUUGAAGAGGAUACAGGCAAUAAAGUUGAAGUAAGGUUCAAAGUUGAUCCAAAACUACCAAUGAUGGUUCGCAUGGCUAAUCUGUGUGUUGCUGGUGGGUUUUCUGUAAAUGGUGUAGCUGCAAUACAUAGCAAGAUUGUAAAAGAUGAAGUUUUUAAUGAAUUUUACGAGUUGUGGCCUGAGAAAUUCCAGAAUAAAACAAAUGGGGUGACUCCUAGAAGAUGGAUCCGUUUCUGUAAUCCUGAUCUUAGUAAAAUAAUAACCAAGUGGAUUGGAACAGAAGACUGGGUAACGGAUCUUGAAAAAUUGGCUAUACUUCGCAAGUUUGCAGAUAAUGAGGAUCUACAACUAGAGUGGAUAGAAGCAAAAAGAAGAAACAAGAUUAAGGUUGCAUCAUUUCUCAAAGAUAAAACGGGUUAUGUUGUCAAUCCAAGUGCAAUGUUUGAUGUACAGGUGAAGCGCAUUCACGAAUACAAACGCCAGUUAUUGAAUAUCAUGGGAAUUGUUUAUCGCUACAAAAGGAUGAAAGAAUUGAGUGCCGAGGAAAGAAAAGAAAUGUUUGUUCCUCGAGUUUGUAUUUUUGGAGGUAAAGCAUUUGCAACAUAUGUUCAAGCUAAAAGGAUAGUAAAAUUCAUCACGGAUGUAGGAGCUACAAUCAACCGUGAUCCAGAGAUUGGAGAUCUUUUGAAGGUUGUAUUUGUUCCUGAUUACAAUGUUAGUGUUGCUGAAAUGCUAAUUCCGGGCAGUGAGUUGUCCCAGCAUAUCAGCACGGCUGGGAUGGAGGCCAGUGGAACAAGCAACAUGAAAUUUUCAAUGAAUGGAUGCAUACUUAUAGGAACUCUUGAUGGAGCUAAUGUUGAAAUAAGAGAAGAGGUAGGAGAAGAUAACUUCUUUCUUUUUGGUGCACGAGCAGAAGAUAUUGCUGAGCUACGGAAAGAAAGAGCCGAGGGAAAGUUCGUACCAGAUCCACGAUUUGAAGAAGUAAAGGCAUAUGUAAGAAGUGGUGUUUUUGGCCCCUACAAUUACGAUGAAUUGAUGGGGUCCUUGGAAGGGAAUGAAGGCUAUGGUCGUGCUGAUUAUUUCCUUGUAGGCAAGGACUUCCCCAGCUACUUGGAGUGCCAAGAAGAAGUUGACAAGGCAUAUCGUGAUCAAAAAAGAUGGACAAAAAUGUCAAUCUUGAACACUGCUGGUUCAUACAAAUUCAGCAGUGACCGGACCAUUCAUGAAUAUGCUAGAGAUAUAUGGAGAAUUGAACCCAUUGAUUUGGCUUGAAAAGUUACUCCUGCAAUCUAAGUUUUUGGCAUUUUCUGUUUGCUUAAAGUCCAUCAAAAUUCAAGUUCACCUGGGCUUUAAAGAAUGUAAGUAUGUAAGUGAACCUCUUUUUGUUGUUCUGGGAGAGUUAACAUGAUCUUCAUCCAUUUUGCUGUAUGUCUCAAAAAAUCAUGUAAAAUUAGAUAUCUGAUUCUAUUUUAAAUGCUGGUUUACUAUGUAAUCAGUACCAAAUAAAAUCAAACUCUUAUUCUACUUAAUUGGUAACCAUUUUGUACAAUUUUACAGGGUGAUGUGUACACAAUUUAUAUAUCUGGGCAAUGGUAACAUUAUUAUAUUAUUUG